AUGUCAUUACAAGAGGAAGGCAAUUUGGAAAACUAUCUAAUCGAGAAGGCUGGUGCCGAUAUCGAAAUAAAACAAAAGGCUACAAAGCAGAUUAUGUUUAUAAAGAAGAGACUCAAUAUACCAAAUUCAUACACAAUAGGAUUAUACCACCCAUAUGUUGAUUCAGCAUUAGCCGAAGUUCGCAGUCAAAAGUAUGACUCAAGGAUAAAACAUCUCAAGCUGUACAGCCCUGAAUUGGAAAUCGAAUUUAGAAACACGGGAAAACUGGGCUUUGCAACCGAAUACGAAUUCCGCUGGCAGGACGAGCGUUAUAUUUGGCGAAAAGGCCCGCUAAACAAGGAGCUCGAAUGUAAAAUGAUGCCCGAACGAGGGCCAGGUAUUGGCGUUGCAAUAUUCCAUCCAAAGAAGAAACUAAGUCAAUUGGGUAUCGUAACCGUGAUGUAUUUCAACAUGGAUAGGCUGGAUGUGUCGGAUAAGAAAGGACUGGAAUACGUAAUAUUGAUUUCUUUGUUAUCGAUAUUGGACAGAGGAGACGGAAUUUUUACGCGAAAACACAAUGUCUCGACUAGCAUGCCCGCUCAAGUCUCUCCUACUGUUGGUAGUCCUCGAGAGAAAGAACGACCUCAGGAAACCAAGAAACUAGAGAAAAAGUCAAAGAGCGAUGAAAAUGUAGCAACAGAGUUGGCAGAGAAAGAGGCAGCAGAAGCUAAUGUUGAAACGGAAAAAAGAAUUAGAGAGGCGAGAGAACAAGAGAGACGAGAUAAAGAAUUAGCCAAGAGAUUGGCCGAGUUGGAACUUGAUGACGAUGGAGCAAUCGAAAGACAGGAACACAAUCCUGCUCAACCCAUUCCUGCUCAACCCAUUCCUGCUCAACCCAUUCCUGCUCAACCCAUUCCUGCUCAACCCAUUCCUGCAACUUAUCCUGCCAUGCCCUACACAAACGACACUUCAGGACAACCUUAUCCGAGUGCGCGAUUUUCCAUGUUUUCCGAGCAAAGCAGUCCUCAAUAUAAUAACUUUAAUAAUCGUCCGUCGACGUUUUAUGAUGCAACGGCGAUCGAUUACAGUCGCAUGACACAAGGAUUUCCGAGUGUGGUGGGUAAUGGAACCAGUGCACCUCCUAAUGUAUACUAUCCGAAUGGAUACAGUGGAUACAAUGAUGUAAGGAAUGGUGGAUACAGUGAUGUAAGGAAUGGUGGAUACGCUAAUAUUUACCCUGCCACCGCCGAUCCAUUUUCCGAUGUGUCUGCCUAUACAGUGAAUAGUUCUGUAUACCCUUCAGAUAGUUCGUCCAUACCAUCUUCCGCCACAUCUUCAUCGGCGUACAAUUAUAAUACGCAUGCGACACAUCCUUCGUUGGCACCAAUAAUUACAAACCCAGCAAUAUUAAAAGUGGCUCAACCAUUGCAUCGUAGCGCAACAACAACGAGCAGAUCGAGCGCCGGGUCGACCAAUUCGUUACAUAGAACAUUGACAAUGACCAGCAGGGGGUCGCCAUCCCCGGCAUCAGAGAAUAGCUCCCAAAGCGUAGACGGGCCGAGCAAUUAUUUCGAAGAUGCCUAUAUAUAUCCGGCUCAGCCGAUAGUAGCUCCGCUAGACCCAAUAGCAUCGUCACCAUUUGCUGAAUCCAGGGGUCACACCGAAAUUUCAUAUGAUGGUCCACGAAGUGCGAAAAAUGAAGGAUUCGUGCGAGUGGACUUGCCAAUGUCUCCAACAGAUAGUAGCUACGAUGCUCCAAGAGUUAAAGGAUUGAAUAUUUCGCGAGUGGGAAUGAACGGUGAACGACCUCCGGUAUUAAUGCCUGAGCCAACUAUAGGUACGCCAUGA